CUCUUAAAUGAUAUUGAAAUGUUUUCGUAAACGUAGGAGAGAUCUUUGUACCCACUAUGUAUAAUUAUUGACAUACGGUUAAAGAUCAGACGCAUUACUUGUUAGCUAACCAAAAUAAAGAUGUCCAUACUGUUUAAAGGCUGGACAUUUUAAACAGUACUAAAAUCCUGCAAGAGUUUAAAGUCCAUGCUAAGCCGAGGAGGCAAACUGUACUGUCACAUACUGAUUGUGAAUGUCUGGAUCACAACGCCAAAAUCACAUGACUGUCGAUACAAGUACGCCUCGCGCCGCGAAGUAACAAUGGAUUCACACUGUGUGGGUGAAAGUGAUGGACUGACCUUCUGUCUGGCCAGACCAGAGGAUUACGAUGACGUGAUGGCCAUCUCACAAGACAUAUAUGGUGGCAAUGACUACCUUCCACAUCGCUAUCACUCCUGGAUGACUGAGCCAGAAAGAGUGGUUAUUAUAGCCCGGAGAGAUAGGAAGCUGGUGGCUCUGGAGUCAGGCCUACUGGUUGAUGGAGGUGAAACUGUAAUAGUUGAGGGAUUAAGAGUGUGUCCAAACGAAAGGGGUUGUGGUCUGGCCGGAGUGAUCCAGAGAUUUGUUGAUGGCUACAUAAAGAAGGUCUACCCUAAUGUGAAAACCAAGCGCCUCACUAGAGGAGAUGACCCAGGGCCUGAAAAACUGAGCAAGUUCAGGCUUCUGGCCAGACGGGCCGUUCUUUCCCUAUGGGGGGAUUCUGAAGGUUUUGAUAGCUUUGUCUCAGGUCUAAAGGACAAACUGGUUGUGUCAAAUGAGUCUAACAGUAGCAGUCCUUUAGUGCCAGUAAAGGACUUGGAAGCCCUUAAGACCCUUCUCUUGGAUUCAGACUUGUCUUCUAGACUUCAGCUUCCAGGCGGUGCGAUCAUCCAGGAUUGGCAGCCUUUGAAGCUCAUGGAGAGUAACCUUCAGAUCUUGGCAAGGCGAAACUUGACGUGGUUUGUAGAUGGUUCUGGUGGGAAACCCCUGUUCAUGAGCUUCCACACACCUCCCUAUCCUAUUCCCUUUAACGGAGGGUCUCUACGCUUUAAUAUUGACCUGUACGGGACAGACACUUCUUUAGCAAAGAAGGCACUAACAGCUCACCUGAACAGUGUGAAAAGUGAGAUUCAAGGCUUGGUUUUGGUUCAUAUUUAUAUGCAUCAGACUCUGUGGGCAGAUUUAAAGCAGUUUUGUGAGGGCCAUGAGACAGUGAAACAGCUCCGGGAUUACUGGGAGCAGCUGUUUUUGGAAAGAGAGCCAUAAAGAUAUCUAAAGAGGUUUGGAGAGAAAAGAAAAGAUGGUGGCGAUAAAGAAAGACUUAAUUUUUUGGUGAUUGAUGUUGUAUUAGCCAUAAUGGAGUUGUCAGCUUUGUUUAAACAAACUAUUUGUUCAACAAAUUAAAUCGGUUUAAGCUAUUGCACAACUAUAUUGUGCCUGAGGCACAGUGAAACAAACUUGCUGAACUCAUUACUUAAACAGAUGCUGAUGUCAGAGACAUGAAGAAUGUACUUGUUCCUCUGUGCCUCACGAGUACAGUACAGGAUGAUUUAUGAAUUGAAAGUUUGAAAUGAAAAGUACUUAAAACUGAUUGUUUUAAGCAUUUAAUGUGUAAUAUAAUACAUUAAAAGGAUGGCUUUUUUAUCAAUGCAGAA